AUGGCAUAUACGCACCAAGACUCGGCCGCCGAUGCCAUUGAUCCCACCACGCUGACUCCACUUCCACUGCCCGCCGGGAUCAGAUCUCGUUUUGUCGAUACUUCCCCUCACAGCCUCGUCUUCCACAUUCUCGAAUCCCUGCCGGCGGCCGUACCGCCUCCUGGUCCCAGGCCGAAGCUGAUUCUCUUGAUCCAUGGAUUUCCAGAGCUCGCCUAUUCAUGGCGCAAAAUACUCCCUCUACUUUCCGCUCAAGGCUACCAUGCCGUCGCCUUUGACCAGCGCGGCUACGGCCGCACCUUCUCCCGCAAACCACUUGAAGCAACUUCGUUCCGGCCCCUGAACCUUGUCAAAGAUACUGUCACUCUGGUGAACGCGCUUGGAUAUACUUCCGUAUCCUGUGUCGUAGGGCACGAUUUUGGCGCUGUCACGGCAAGCGUCUGUGCCCUUGUAAGACCGGACUUGUUCCACUGCCUGGUAAUGAUGUCCCAUCCCACAAAAGGCCCUCCCCAAUGUCCUCUUUCCACCUCCCCUUCCUAUGGCUCCGCCUCCCAUGCACCUCCGGCCCCAAUCGACAUGGAAAAGGCACUCUCCCACCUCCCCCGCCCCAGGAAACAUUAUAAAUGGUACUACUGCACUCCGCCUUCAAACGAUGAGAUGACCAACCCUACGGGUCCACCCCUGCACACGUUUCUUCGCGGCUACUUCCAUCUGAAGUCUGCAGACUGGGACCUCAACGACCCGCACAAGCUGGACGGAUGGAUCGCGACAGAGCUAGAGAAGAUGCCGCGGUAUUACAUCAUGGACCUGGACGAUAACAUGCGCCAGGCCGUGGCGCGAGACAUGGCCAACGAAGACCCGCAGGCCGUCGCCUCACGUUCCGCCCGCUGGCUCCGAGACGACGAACUCGCCGUCUACGUCCAGGAAUGGGGCCGAACCUCCUUCCAGGGCGGCUUGAACUGGUACCGCGUCCAGACCCAGCCGGAGAUCGCGUCGGACAUGCAGGCGUGGUCGGGCGCAAAGAUUUCCGUCCCAACUGUGUUUGUGAGUGGCCAGAAGGAUUGGGGCACGUUCCAAGAGCCAGGUGCGGUCGAGGCAAUGGAAACCGCUCAGAGCGUGAGGCCCAUGAUGUACAGAGGAACGGUGCUCGUCGAUGGAGCCGGGCACUGGGUGAACCAAGAACAACCGGAGAGGUGUGUGCAGGAAAUUUUGAAGUUGGUGAGAGAGGUUUGUGGCUAG